GAAAGAUUGCUACUACUCGUAAGUCGUAACGAACUCUGCAACUAAGAAGAAAGGCCUGCCGGAGAAGAAGAGAUGGCGAUGACCAAGGCAAAGGACCUCAUUUCCUCCAGCCCCGUCGUCAUUUUCAGCAAGACUUACUGCCCAUACUGCACCUCUGUGAAGAAGCUGUUGUCUGACCUGCGAGCUGCUUAUAAGGCUGUCGAAUUGGAUACCGAGAGUGAUGGAGCUGAGAUCCAAGCAGCAUUGGCACAGUUGACAGGCCAAAGGACAGUGCCUAAUGUCUUUAUCGGUGGCAAGCACAUUGGUGGCUGUGACGACACAAUGGCCCUCAACAAGUCGGGGAAGUUGGUUCCUCUUCUUACUGAAGCUGGAGCUAUUGCUGCUACUACUGCUUCUGCUUCUUCCUAGAGCGCUUUGUGGGUGGUUCUGAAUAAAAUCGUGUCUGAAGAACCUGAGUAGCAGAUGUCGUGGUGAAUGUAGUUGCCUCUCUGGGCUGUGUUCAAUUGGAUUGAGCGUUUCUGGUUUCUGUUGUGGCUUCAAACUCUAUACUCGGUUGUGAGCUACACUGUUGUAAAGUCUUAAAUCAACUGUGCCUUGCAGCAAGAGUGUCACUAUAUAGAGGUUAUCAUUUAUACUUUUAGUCGUGAAAUGAACUCGGUAAAAAGCC